ACGUUAGAGGGUUAGGAAGGGUAACGUUAGAGGGUUAGGAAGGGUAACGUUAGAGGGUUAGGAAGGGUUGAGUGUUGCUCAAAUAGAACUUAGAAAGCAGUGUUCUCUAGCCCCUUACCUCUGCUGGGUGUGUGUGUGUCGUCUGUCUUGGUGUGUGUGUGUUUCUCUCUGUGUGUGUGUGUUUCUCUGUGUGUGUGUGUCUAUGUGUGUGUAGGUGUUGAUGCGUCAGGGUUAUGAUGCAGCCUGUGAUAUCUGGAGUCUAGGAGUGUUGUUAUACACAAUGUUAGCAGGAUACACGCCGUUCGCUAACGGCCCCAAGGAUACACCUGAAGAGAUCCUGUUGAGGAUGGGGUCAGGGAAGUUUUCUCUAAGCGGGGGAAACUGGGACACGGUGUCUGACAGCUCCAAGGACCUCCUCUCUAAGAUGCUACAUGUUGAUCCUCACCAGCGUUAUUCAGCUGAACAGGUCCUGAAACACGCCUGGAUCACGCAACGAGACACGUUACCGCACUUCCAGCUCGCACGCCACGACGCACCACAUCUCAUUAAGGGAGCGAUGGUAGCUACCUACUCUGCUCUGGGUCAUAAGACGUGUCAGCCGCUUCUGGAGCCGGUAGCUGCUUCUAGUCUGGCACAGAGACGCAACAUGAAGAAACUCACCUCUAUUGACAUGUAACAGACACGUUUGCCCCAGCCUUCCACUUCCCCAGCCCCAGCCUUCCCCAGCCCCAACCUCCCCCAGCCCCAACCUCAG